AUGGCGCAAGAUCUCCCCAUUACCUUCGGGGAAGUGUUUAAUUUGAGCACGCUAGGGGUGAAUUUAGACUAUGUCAAGUUUGGUACCACGACGAUGGAGUCGGAUAAGUUUGUAUGCGUGUGCGAACAAGUAAAUGGCCAAGCCAGUGUCGUGAUCGUAGACAUGGCGGCAGGUAAUACGGUGCAGCGCCGUCCUAUUAAUGCUGAGGCAGCUAUUAUGAACCCCGUGAGCAAGGUUAUCGCCUUGCGCGCAGAAAAUCAGCUACAGAUUUUCAAUAUGGAGCUGCGUGCGAAAAUGAAGAGUCACCUUAUGAACGAAGCUGUGGUCUUUUGGCGAUGGAUCUCGGUCAAUACUAUUGCGCUGGUUACGGCUUCUGCUGUGUAUCACUGGAGUAUUGAGGGUGACUCUCCUCCGGCCAAAGUGUUUGACCGUCACGCCAACCUCGGCGUAGGUACACAGAUUAUUAGCUACGAGGCCUCGGUUGAUAACCAGUGGAUGCUUCUGGUCGGCAUUUCGCAAGGAGAAGGCGGCCGGAUUGUUGGAAAUAUGCAGCUUUUCUGGAUGGAGAAAAAAGUCAGCCAGGUGUUGCAAGGCUACGCAGGUGCAUUUGCCCAGAUGAAGCCUCCUGGAAGAAAUGAUGAUGCGCAGGUUCUCGUGUUUGCCGGUACAAAGGGAAGUGGGGAGCCGUUGCAGCUUUUUAUAAUGGAAGUUGGACGUGAUCGUGAUGCACCUGGUGACACAUUUCGCCUUCCGCCGUCUCCAAUUCCAUUUGCAGCUGAUGCGCAGGCUGAUUUUCCUGUAUCAAUGAUAGUGAGCCCUCAUGAUGAUAUUGUUUACAUGAUUACGAAAAUGGGGUAUCUCUUUCUUUUCGAUGCGCACUCUGGAAAGCCUGUGUAUCGUGCUCGAGUGUCUCAAGACACUACAUUCGUGACAUGUUUGGAGUCCAACUCGAAAGGUAUGCUCGGAAUCACGAGGCGUGGUCAGCUUCUACAUUUUGCGAUCAACAAGACUAAACUCGUGCCGUACGUGGUAAACACUUUACGUGAUUCCCAGCUGGCUCUAUCGCUAGCUACGCGUUUAGACCUGCCUGGGGCUGAAGAGCUUUACUUUACUGAGUUCAAUCGUCUCGUAAGUGUCAAUGAUAUCCAAGGUGCGGCACGACUUGCGGCUGCUUCUCCACAGGGUGCUUUGCGAACUCCCCAGACGAUUCAACGCUUUCAGAAUAUGCCCGCACAACCUGGUCAGCCUCAGCCUAUUCUGCAGUACUUCAGUGUUCUUCUCGAAAAAGGUACUUUAAACAAGAUGGAGGCUAUUGAGCUGGCUCGCCCUGUGCUAAUGCAGGGUCGUGGCCAACUUCUUCAGAAGUGGUUGUCGGAAGACAAACUUGAGUGCUCAGAGGAGCUAGGUGAUCUUGUCGCUCAGUCUGACACUACGAUGGCUCUUUCAGUGUAUUUGCGCGCUGAGGUGCCGGAAAAGGUGAUAAAUUGCUUUGUGCAACGCGGCGAAUUUGAUAAGAUAGUGGCUUACGCAGUGCAGACCAACUACCGUUGUGAUUACACAUUUAUGCUCCAGAACUUGGUACGUGCAAACCCACAAGGUGCUCUAGACUUUGCUCAGAAGCUCGCAGUCGCAGAGAACGGUCCUCUCGUAGAUGUCAAUGCAGUGGUCGACAUUUUUAUGCAAGUAAACCGCAUUCAAGAGACGACUGCGUUUCUUUUGGAGGCCUUGAAGAAUAAUCGUCCUGAGGAGGGCUACCUGCAGACCCGAUUGCUGGAAAUUAACCUUCUUGGAGGUUCGCCUCAGGUGGCUGAUGCUAUUUUAUCAAACAACAUGUUCACGCACUAUGAUAGACCGCGUAUUGCAUCUCUGUGCGAAAAGGCUGGUCUAUUCCAGCGCGCCUUGGAGCACUACACGGAGCUUGCAGAUCUAAAGCGCGUUAUUGUUAAUACUCAAGCAAUAAAUCAUGAGUUCAUUGUGACAUUUUUUGGUACGCUGACGAGUGAGGUCUCGAUGGAGCUGAUUAACGCGCUCAUGGCUCACAACAUGCGCCAGAACUUGCAGAUAGUGGUACAGGUUGCCACCAAGUAUGCUGAACAAUUGGGCGGCAAGGAGCUUGUUGAGGUGUUCGAGAAGUUUAAAUCAUUUGACGGCUUGUACUUUUUCUUAGGGUCCAUUGUCAAUUUUUCUCAAGACCCGGAUCUCCACUUUAAAUACAUCGAGGCAGCCACAAAGAUGGGUCAAUUUAAAGAGGUUGAACGUGUUUGCCGUGACUCGUCUGUCUACGAUCCCGUUAGAGUAAAGGAAUUUUUAAAGGAGUCGAAGCUUCAAGACCCUCGCCCACUCAUUCAUGUGUGCGACCGUUACGAUUUCGUGGAGGAAUUGACGCAGUACUUAUACUCGAACAAUCUCAUGAAGUACAUUGACGUGUAUGUGACUAAGGUUAGCCCACAGAAGGCUCCUAUCGUAAUUGGCAAGCUGCUGGAUUUGGACUGUAACGAAGAUUAUAUUAAAAAUCUGCUAAACCAAGUCGCUCAAUGCCCUGUAGACGACUUGUGUGAACAGGUUGAGAAACGGAAUCGCCUGCGUCUACUCCAGCCGUGGCUUGAGACUCGUGUUGCCCAGGGCAAUACUGAAACGGCAACGCACAAUGCAAUUGGUAAGAUUUACAUCACGCUUAACAAGGACCCGCAACAAUUUUUAAUCAACAACCAAUUUUACGAUUCCGAGAUUGUGGGCAAGUUUUGCGAAAAGCUGGAUCCUGCGCUUGCUUACUUGGCUUAUCGUCGUGCCGGUGGUGCCUGUGAUGAAGAUCUCGUUCGCGUCACCACGGAAAACGGCUUGUUCAAGGAUCUUGCUCGCUAUUUGGUGGAGCGUCAGGACCUUGAACUAUGGGGAAAGGUUCUUGUGAAGCAGGAGGAAGGUGAGCCCGAGUCCCCAAGUCGUCGAGCAUUGAUUGACCAGGUUGUGCAGACGGCCCUUCCCGAGACUACCAAUCCUGAUGAAGUUUCGACGACUGUGCGCGCGUUUAUGAAUGCCGAGCUACCGAAUGAGCUGAUUGAGUUGCUAGAACGUAUCGUGCUGCAGGGCACUGACUUCUCAACUAACAAAAAUUUGCAGAAUCUGCUGAUUUUAACUGCCAUAAAGGCCGGCAAGGAAAAAGUCAUGGACUACGUUAACCGUUUGGACAAUUUCGACGGUCCAGAAAUUGCUCGCAUUGCCGUUGGGGAGCAGUAUCAACUUUACGAAGAGGGGUUUGUCAUUUACAAGAAGACUAAUCACAACGUUGAUGCCAUUGGCGUCUUGUUGGAUUACAUUAAGGACAACGAGCGUGCUUACGAGUUCGCUGACCGCUGUAACGAGCCUGAGGUGUGGUCUCGCCUCGCCAAGGCCCAGCUGGACCAGGGCAAAGUUCAUGAUUCACUGUCAGCAUUUAUCAAGGCCAACGACGCCAGCUCGUAUGUGGAUGUGAUUGCGGCAGCUGAGCGUAUCGGUAACUACAAUGAGCUGAUUCCUUAUCUUAAAAUGGCACGCAACACGGUGAAGGAGCAAUUUUUGGACACAUCACUCAUUUACGCUUACGCUAAAACCGAGAAGUACGGCGACCUGGAAGAGUUUAUCUCGUCGCCUAAUGUUGCUCAAAUUCAGAAUAUUGGCGAGCGGUGUUACAAUGAAGGAAUGUACAAUGCGGCCAAGUUGUUGUUUCAAAACAUCAACAACAAUGCUAAGCUCGCAAUUUGCUACGUGCGUCUUGGAAAGUUUCGUGAGGCCGUAGAUGCAGCCACCAAGGCGAAUUCUGUGGGCACGUGGAAGGAAGUUAACUAUGCCUGUGUUGAUGUUAACGAGUUUCGUCUUGCCGGCUUGUGUGGCCUACACAUUAUCGUUCACCCGGACCAUCUCGAGGAGCUAAUUUUGCACUAUGAGAAGCGUGGUCAUUCGGCCGAGCUGCUAAAGCUGAUGGAACAAGGUCUUGGUUUGGAGGGUGCUCACGCCGGCAUUUUUACAGAGCUUGCUAUUUUAUAUUCGAAAUACUUGCCGUCCAAAUUGAUGGAGCAUAUUAAAAUUUUUCACUCGCGGAUGAACGUUUCAAAAAUUUUGCGUGCUUGUGAGAAGGGUCUACACUGGGAUCAUGCCGUUUACCUAUACAAGGAAGACGGUCAGUUCGACAAUGCUGUCCGAACGAUGGUGGAUCAUCCAGUGGCGUUCUCGCACGACUUGUUCUUGGAUUGCAUACAAAAAGUUCGCAAUCAGGAAAUUCAUUACAAAGCAAUUAACUUUUACCUAGAGCAGCAUCCGUUGGAGCUCACCCGUUUGCUCCAAGUACUUACACCUAACCUGGACCACGCCCGUGUCGUCCACCAGCUACGCAAAUCAAAGAACCUGCCGCUCGUAGCUGAGUACUUAAAGGAUGUACAAAAGGAAAACUUGUCGGCAGUAAACGAGGCUUUGAAUGAAAUUUUGGUUGACGAUGAGGACUACCAGGCGCUUCGCGAUUCUGUGGACGCUUACGAGAACUUUGACCAGAUCUCACUUGCGCAAAAACUGGAGAAACACGAACUUCUGGAGUUUCGCCGAAUUGCAGCUUAUCUGUACCGCAAAAACAAGCGUUAUUCACAGGCCGUGAAGCUGUCGAAGGCAGACAAAAUGUACAAAGACUGUAUUGAUUGUGCUAGUGACUCGGAGGAUUCUGAACUCGCUGAGGACAUUUUGCGUUUCUUCGUGUCUGUGCACGACAAAGAGUGCUUUUGUGCUACUUUGUUUACGUGCUACAAGCUGAUUAAGCCUGAUGUUGCGUUAGAGUUGGCGUGGCGCCACGGUUAUGUCGAUUUUGUCAUGCCCUACAUGAUUCAAUUUGUUAAGAAUCUAAAUGAUAAAGUCAAAUUGCUUGAUGAACGCACGCAGACGCAACAGGAGCCAGAGACGGAUGCGCAGACUCUAGACCCGGCUUACGGUAUGGUUGGCAUGCAACCGAUGUUAGCCAUUGCUCCUACGGCGUAUAACGAUCCAUCGCCAAACAUGGCUAUGGGUGGCAUGCAGCAAAAUCCGUACUCUAGCAGUCAAGGUAGUAUGGGCAGCAACCCGUACGGCAAUAGUGGUUAUCAGUAUUAA